GCAUUUCUUGAGAUUAUAUGCACAGUGUUGUAUAUGUUGAUAUCUGUCAUUGUGUUUAAGGUUAGCUGUCUAGUCGCGGAAUCCAAUAUCCUUGCGUUUCCGCAAAUAAAAAUAGCGAUAAAAUGACGUCCUGUUUCGAAAGCAUGCAGGUUCCUUCCUGCGUUUGGUUCGAGGGCGGUGAGAAAAGAAAUGCGCUUGCUUCUAUGCUUGCAGGAACACUGUUUUUCGUAGGAUGGUGGUUUAUAAUAGAUGCGCAUGCAAAAUAUCCAGAUGAAAUGGCAAAUGCUUAUCAUGUAUGUGGAGUAUUUGGUACCAUAUCACUUUUUAUGGUCAAUUCAGUGACAAAUGCACAGAUAAGAGGAGAAGCUUACAAUGGUGGCUGUUUAGGAGCAAGAGGUGCAAGGAGUUGGCUAUUUAUUGGAUUUGUUAUGGGAUUUGCAGCAGUAAUAGCAGCCUGUUGGAUUUUAUUUGCUGAUUUUGUGGCUGAAGGGGCACCACAUCAUUGGCCAGGUGUGGGAUUGUUCCUACAAAAUGUGUUUAUUUUCUUGGGUUCACUUACAUAUAAAUUUGGUCGAUCUGAAGAUCAAUGGGGUUAAUGGAGACAUACCAUUGAUUAAAAAUAUUUUUACUACUAUAAGCACACAACGCAAAACUCGACUGAAAAAAUUCGUGAAAUUAAUAUCUUGUACUGCUUAAAACAUAAAAUCCAAUUCAACUACA